AGGGCGCCUGGCUGGGGUCCAGCCUCGGCAGGAAAUUGCUGUAUGCAGAUCUACCCGUGCUGUUUGAUGAGCCGACAUGGCCGUCACACUGCAUACUGAUGUAGGAGAUAUUAAAGUGGAACUGUUCUGUGAGCGUACACCAAAGACUUGUGAAAAUUUCCUGGCUCUUUGUGCUAGUAACUACUACAAUGGAUGUAUAUUUCACCGGAAUAUAAAGGGCUUCAUGGUUCAGACUGGGGACCCAUUAGGCACUGGGAAAGGAGGUAACAGCAUCUGGGGCAAGAAGUUUGAAGAUGAAUUCAGUGAAUACCUAAAGCACAGUGUCCGUGGGGUGGUUUCAAUGGCAAACAGUGGUCCGAAUACCAAUGGAUCACAGUUCUUCAUCACUUACGGAAAGCAACCGCACCUUGACAUGAAGUACACUGUAUUUGGCAAAGUUAUUGAUGGCUUGGAGACCCUGGAUGAGCUGGAGAAGCUGCCUGUGAAUGAGAAAACCUACAGACCUCUUAAUGAUGUUCGCAUUAAAGACAUUACAAUUCAUGCCAACCCUUUUGCUCUGUAGCUGCAGAGUGCUUUGACACAUUCUGUAGGGACAGAUCAGAUUGACUGCUGGAUUAUGGGGUUUGAAGUAUCUUUCAGAAGGGCUACCUGAGAUGGAUCAUACCUUUGCUCAUCGAACACAGGAUCUUCAGGAGCUGUGAUGUUGUUUAAGUGUUAUCACAGAGGAAUCUGGUGUUUUUAGAAGCCAGUUUUCCCAGAGUAUCUUCCAGGAUUUUGAUUUUUAAACAUUGCUUUUUCUACUGGUAAAAUAAA